AUGAUCGGCGAGCUCCGCACGUCGGCGCUCGGGCCAAAGGCGUACUACGAGGUGUACAUCGACGUGACGACGGAGCUGCGGCACCUGGAGGAGUUCUUCGAGGCGGAGCACGAGCGCGGCCGCCCCAUGGUCGAGCUGUACGAGCUCGUCCAGCACGCGGGCAACGUGCUCCCGCGCUUGUACCUGCUGCUGGCGGUCGGCCGCGUCUUUCUUCAGUCCAAGGAGGCGGCCGCGAAGGUCGUCCUCGAGGACCUGGUCGAGCACUGCAAGGGGGUGCAGCAGCCGCUGCGCGGCCUCUUCCUGCGCAACUACCUGCUGCAGUGCACGCGCGAGCGGCUGCCAGACACGGGGUCGGACUACGAGGGCGAGGGAGGGACCGUCUCGGACGCAAUCAAGAUCGUCCUCGCCAACUUCGGCGAGAUGGCAAAGCUCUGGGUGCGGAUGCAGCACCAGGGGCCGGCGGCGAACAAGGAGCAGCGCGAGAAGGAGCGCGCCGUGUCAAGGGUGGUGCUGCAGCUGUGGACGGCGUCUCUUCACGGCUGCGGCUGUGAGCAGGAGCGCGCCGAGCUCAAGGUGGUCGUCGGCGGCAACUUGCACCGCCUGGCCUCGCUGGAGGGGGUGACGCUGCAGGUGUACACCGCAGAGGUGGUGCAGCCGCUGCUCGAGCUGAUCGUGUCGUGCAAGGACGGGCUGGCGCAGGAGUACCUCCUCGAGUGCGUCUGCCAGGUCUUCCCGGUCGCGUACCACACCGCCACGCUCCCCACCCUCCUCCGCUUCCUCUCCUGGCUGUCCGCUGCCGCCGACGAGUCGGCGAUCCUCUCGCACCUGAUCAGCCGCCUCUGCGCGCUCGAGCCUGCCGACGGCGAAACAGAGGCGCGCGACGUCUUCACGCCCGUCGCCGACCACGUCGAGCGGCGCUGCGCCUCGCUGCGGCUGCUGCCGUCGCUCGCCCUCGCCCUCGCCCUCGCGCGGCUCGCGCUGGAGGCGUACGAGGCGCACACCGAGUACCUCGAGCGCGCGCUCUCCCUCGCGAGCACGCGGCUCGAGUCGCUCGGCGUCGUGACCGAGAAGCGGGCGGUGGCGGUGGUGCAGGACUUGCUCUCGCUGCCGCUGAAGCGCAAGGGCGGCGACGUGCUGUACGUGCUCGAGCUGACCGAGUGGCCGAGGCUGGCGGCCCUAGAAGCGGAGUACGUGUUCAUGCUCGUGUCGCGGCUCGAGCCCGACGAGCAGCGCCGAGUGGUGUCGCGCCUGCUGCGGGAGGUUGCGGGCCGCGGCUGCGUCAUCUCGGACUCGCUUCGCGCAGACCGGCUGCUCCAUCGGCUAGGCUUGGACGCGGAGCUCGCCGACGAGAUGGCGCCGGUGGCCGCCAUGAUGCACGCGCUCGCGCACGAGGACACCGACGCUGAGGCGCGCGUGCUCAACGCGGCGUACAAGCACGCCGCCGCCGCCGCGCCGGGUCGGCUGCCCCACCUGGCGCGCCGCGUGCGGCUGGCCGAGGAGGGCGGGGCCACGCUCGAGGUGUCGUGCGGCAAGCUGCUCGCCUUUGUCGGCCAGAUCGUCCAGGCGGUGACCGCCGCCGCGCCCAACCUCGCGCUGCGCCUGUACGUGCAGUGCGCGCAGGUGGCGGACAGCUGCGGCGACGACGACGGCGCGUAUGAGUACCUCACGCAGGCCUUCACGCUCUUCGAGGAGGAGGCGCGCGCCGUCGCGAAGGCGUCCUUUGCCUUUUGGCCGCUCGCGGGGCUCUCGCCCCACCGCAACGCGCAGCGCGCGCUCGAGUGCCUGCAGCGCGCGCUCAAGAUCGCCGACGGCUGCAAGCGGUCGGGGAUGCACGCCCCGCUCUUCGUCGAGAUCCUAGACGCGUACUUGUGGCACUACGAGCAGGGCAACGACCUCGUCACACUGGCGUACAUCUCGUCGCUGAUGCAGCUCAUCGACCAGCACGUCGCCGAGUGGCGCAGCGACUGGCAGGCCGCCUCGGACGCGCCGGGCGCGCCGGCCCAUGUCGUGCGCUACGUCGCCACGAGGAGGCACAUCAGCGCCAAGGUGCGCGGAGGGUCGCAAAAGUACGAAGGGCUGCAGCUCUGAGUCGCGGUGCUGGUCUAUGCCGUCACACCGCCACGGCUAGUGUGGCGUCGACUGCGAGCGCUCGGCGCGCCGAGUCGGCCCUAGAGGGUGGCACGAGGCGCGGCUCCGUUGCCCGAACGCACACAUACAGGCCGUCGGCACUGCGGGAGGGUGCUGCCCAGGAGAUGCGCUCGCUUUCGCGCAAGGGUGAGGCAAAGAUGCACACGUGUCUUAUAUCGGUGUUUAAAUAUA